GCGUGCCUGUAUUGAUAGAAGUAGGGCGCGUGAGACCAGACAUCACUUCGGAAGAGAACGAGGGACUGGGAGAGAACGAGAAGGAGAAAGAGAGAGAUGGAGGAAGAAGAGCACGAGGUGUACGGUGGUGAAAUCCCCGACGAAGGGGAAAUGGAAGGCGAUUUGGACCCUAACAGCGGCGAUGUCGACAUGUCCACCGCCGACGACGACGCCGUUAAGGAAUUGGAUGAGAUGAAGAAGCGAUUGAAAGAGAUGGAAGAAGAAGCAGCAGCUCUUCGCGAGAUGCAAGCUAAAGUUGAGAAGGAGAUGGGUGCUGUUCAAGAUCCAGCUAGUGCAGCUGCUUCUCAAGCAAACAAGGAGGAAGUUGAUUCACGAUCUAUAUUCGUUGGCAAUGGUCAUUCUUAUUCUGAAUUAGAGCUGGAAUUAUUAUCCUGUAUUUUGAUGGUGAAAAGAGAGCACAUCUGGUUUUCAGUAGGCACUUUUACAUAGAUGUUAAUGUACUUGCAUUUUUUAAUUUGAAGAAAUUGUAAUCCAAAAAAGUAUGUGGAAAAAAGACAAAAGAUUGAACAAAAAAAGAGAGGGUGAAAAAGGAAAAAAAAUGGAAGAUACAAAAUAAAUAGUUGUGAAUCUCCCCAUAAAAUGAAAAAGCCAAUUGUAAGAAUAGUUGUGAGGGGAAAAAGGUAAAAAAUUGAAGGGAAAAAA